AUGUUGAAAUCACUUGUCAUUGUGCUCUCCCUCUUCACGUCAACCACCCCGGCUUCUCCCCAAACUUACAGCAAAAUCGUCCAAUGCUUAACCAUAUCCGGCAUUCCACAAGCUUACCCUGGCACAUCCUCCUUCACUGAGCUCAUCAUCCCUCUUAACCUCCGUCUUAAUUAUACACCAGUUGCGCUUGCUCUUCCAACCACUGUUUCUCAGGUGCAAGCUGCAGUCAAAUGUGCCGGUAAACUAGGCGUAAAAGUCAAUCCUCGGUCAGGCGGUCACAGCUAUGCAUCUCAUAGCAUUGGUGGUGAAGAUGGGCAUUUGGUCGUGGAUCUGAGGUAUUUCAGGGACACCGUUGUCGAUAAAAAGACGAAUGUUGCCACAGUUGGAACGGGAGCUAGAUUGGGAAAUGUAGCUGUGGCACUCUACGAGCAAGGCAGGAGGGCCAUGGCUCACGGCAUUUGUCCUGGUGUAGGAGUAGGCGGACACGUCCUCCACGGCGGCCAGGGCUACAGUACACACACUCACGGCCUAUUCCUAGACUUCCUCCUCUCAGCAGACAUUGUCCUCGCCGACGGGUCCCUCGUAACCGCCUCCAGCACUCAAAACAGUGAGCUCUUCUGGGCUCUUCGCGGGGCAGGCAUGUCCUUCGGAAUCGUGACCUCCUUCAAAUUCCGCACCAUCGCCGCUCCACCUGAGAACAUCCUCUUCUACUAUCCGUAUCUCUGGAAUCAAGAUCAAGCUCGUGCUGGCUGGGAAGCUUGGCAGCAGUACUGUGGUGGAUUUACGAAUCCAAUUAUUCCUAGGGAGAUGAACAUUCGCUGGGUGGUGGUCAAUUAUGCCAGUGGGUACAUGAUUUUCCUGCUUGAGGGCGCGUAUCAUGGCUCUCAGGCGGAUUUCUUGACGGCUCUUGGGCCGCUUCUGAGUGCAUUGGAGAAAGUUGGGGGUUUGCAGGCUGAUAUCAGAGGCACGGGACCUCAUAGUUUGGGAUGGCUGGAUUCGCUGCUUUAUGCGAAUAAUAAUGAUCUAUUUAAUGAACAGGGAACUGGCGAAACUUUGGAGAGCCCAUUGAAUUAUACUGCUGUAAGAGUUCCUCCCUUCCCCAUUCUCUCGACCCAAAGCCUACAAUACAAGGACAAGGCUAACUUUUAG